GCCACUCACGCUUGCACUCGCUACAAAGAAAGUAGUCGUGUGUGCGUACCAGAAGUCUUAUUUGAAUUUCGUAUUUGAAAACAGCAACAACUCAAAACACAACGUUCAUUUUUCUCGCGAGGAAAUUAUAAGGACAAUAAUAUCAAAUACAAAAAUAUAAGAUAUAAUAUAUUAUUUAUUGUAUUUAAUUUAAAUUAAACAUGCGCGGAAAUUAUUCUCUGAUGGUUUUCCUACUUUUUGGAUUUGGAUUACACGAAAUUUAUUCUCAAAAACAAGAAUUAUCAGGAAAGUGUAGAGCUCCCGAUAAAGCACCUUUAAAUCUUGAAAUAAUAAUUAAUAUUUGCCAAGAAGAAAUCAAAUCCGCAUUACUUCAAGAAGCUUUAGAUAUCCUUAAUGAUGGCACUUUGGAACAAAAUACACCUGCAAGCUAUAGUAGAUCAAAAAGGGACGCUGAUGAAGAUUUGUCAAACGAAGAACGUAGAGUCGCGGGGUGUUUGCUCCAGUGCGUCUAUAAGAAAGUGAAAGCAGUUGAUGAAACCGGCUUUCCGGUAGUCGAAGGUUUGAUGAAACUGUACAAUGAAGGAGUCCAGGACAGAAACUACUACAUGGCUACAUUAUCCGCAGUUAGGCAUUGUAUUUCCAUCGCACAACAGCUUAAACAGCAACAGCCCUCAAAAAGUUUUGAUGACGGACAAACGUGUGAUCUUGCUUAUGAAAUGUUUGAAUGCGUCAGUGAAAAAAUUGAAGAAAACUGCGGAGUCGAAAAUAAGUUGAAUAACUUAAGCCAACGUCAAGUUUAAAUAUUUUUUUUUUACUGUAUUUUAUAUAUACCACUGUACAUAACCAACUAUUUUUAAAUUGUAAUUAAUUAAUAUAGUCUUAUUUUAUUUAAAUUCAAAUUAAUUAUUGCAGCUGUGUUUAAUUACCAAAAAAAUAAAUUUUAGUCAAAUUGUUUGUUAAACUUAUUUUUAUAAAAUAGAAUACUUAGUUAAUUGUUAUUAUCUUAUCUUAUAAUAUUACACAAAAUACCGUAAAUUUAGAUAUAAGUUAAAAUAUUAAUUUUAUUUAAUAUGAAGUUUUUAUUUUGAA